AUGGCGUCUUCUACUUAUGUUAUGGUGGUCUUGUUUGCUUUGAUUGCUGGAUCUGCGUUGGCUCAGUCACCCACUGGAUCGCCGAUGGUAUCACCGACGGCAUCUCCGACCGCGUCGCCUCCGUCGCCAGUUACCGCUCCUCCUACGAGCUCUCCGACUUCAUCACCGACUGAAUCGCCUCUAGCAUCUCCACCAGCUCCUCCUACUCGUCUGUCUCCCGGCGGCGCUCCGGUAUCGUCUCCUUCCGGCUCACCCGUUCCGACCGCUUCUCCUACUUCACCGCCGAACUCCGCUAGCUUGAACAGACUCGCCGCCGGAUCUGUUGCCGUGGUUGCCUUAGCUGCUGCUUUGGUUAUGUAG